GAUGAACAAGACGAAGAAGAUGAAGACGAAACGGCGCGAAGGGUGAAGAAAAACGGAGAGAGGCCGAUUGGAAGGGUAUCGUGGGAGAAAGAGGAAGGGUGAGAUCGGGGAGAAAAGAGGAAGGGAAGGGGUUAGAGUGGCGCGACAAGGAGGGAUUGAGAACGGCGGGGGCUGGGGAGUGGGGAAGCCGUGGAGAAUCAGCGCACAGCUACACCCCACCGUGACGGCCGCGGCAGUCAGUCGUCCGCGCACCUUCGUUCGGUGAGGGUUUCGUGUUCGGUGGAGGAUCGUCUCCGCCAGGGAGUGUAAAGAGAGAGAGAGAGAGAGAGAGAGAGAGAGAGAGAGGAUCAUCGCAGAUUGUCAUUCAUCGAUCAGCUGAUUCUCCACGAGCGGUGCUUUGACCUGCGAUCGUCAACAAUCGUCGUUGGACGGAUCGACGUCGUCCCUCAACAACCCCUUCGUUGCGUGGACCACUGCGGAACGGAAGUGGCUGAACAACCCUUGGGGACAACGCGAUUCAAGGUGGAAACAGAAGGGGAAGUCCAGAACGGCAGGGGAGCGUGAUUGAAUAACCGUGGAAACUUAAACAGAAAUUCUGGGUCAAGAUUCAGUAGAGUGUUAGCGGUUAGAACGAUGUGAGAGGAAUAUAUGGGUGAACGCCAAACGAGCAAGGAAGGCUGGACGAAAUCACGAACACGUGGCGAGACGUGAAGCGGGCGUUGAGCCUGCUAUGUGUAAAAAAAUUCUCCGGCAGCGGCACGAUGCUGGAAGCACCGCCCGGAAGUCGCGAGGACCUCGUGGAGGCGGCAAGAACACCGUGCACACCUACAGAUCUGGACACGAUGUUAUAUGGAUACACGAACAACAUAUAUGUGCUGGACCACACUCCUGAAUCGCUGCCGGAUAUGGACAUGUUGCAAUUGUUCGCCUCGCCGGCGGGUCGAGCGUUACUUAACAGUGACAAUCGGCGGAGAGGAUCGACGUCGACCUCCUCCUUGUCUCGAGAGUCCUCUUCGAGGCUGAAGAGAGGUAGAAGACUAUCGGGUACAGUGAGCGCGCCCGCGACACCUCCAAGGCAACGGAAAUCGAGCGCGGAGCUGUACAAAGAAGCCGCCGAGAUCCUCGGUCUUACCUGUUCGUUGACCGAUAGCUGUCGAUGCAUCGAUUGCCAGAGUAAUUAUUUCGACUGCGAUGACGAUUUCGGCGACGCGAGGACGGAAUUGGCUGCGGGGACACCUAUUCUACUGGACCAUGCUUUGACACAUCCAUUGACGUGUUCCAUACAGUAGCAGGCGAAUAUCUCGUUUCGAGCACGAUUGGGUGUCACUCCUGCACCGCCACCUGAUGAACCGGAAGUCAUCGAGGUGUCGAGGAACCUUGAAUCCAGGACGAAGUGUGGGAUAUUCGAGGCGUGCACUUUGAUCUCGAUAAACUGCGUAACUCCGUAAAGAA